AUGGCCUCCCGACGCAGACAGCUCAUCUAUGCUCCACUGAACGACUCACACGACAAUCGAGACAACUCUCCCUCACGUCCAUCGACCUUUAUGCGCCUUGCGCUCGGACAAGAUGACUACGAAGAAGAAGAAGAAGAAGAAGACGUCGUUGAAAACAUGGUCAUGAGCGUGCAGACGCGUCCUCCUAGGACAUCUCCCAUCCGCUACCCAUCUCUUCCCAUGGUCCCCGAGGUGUCAGAGGAAGGCUCCACAUUGUCGGAGAGGAUGUCUGUCACGACUCACAGCACCGGGAGUACGAUACGCGAAGUCAGCGGGUACGAUACCAAUGCUCAAUACCGCGGACUUCCACCCCCACAACUCCCGACAAUCGACUCUGGAGAACCCUUUGACUGGGACGGGGUCCGCCAUACACCUCAGGAAGACCCUUUCGCAGACUCCCGCCCUCCAGUCUACCAUCAACCUGCCCCCUCUCUCACAUAUCAGCAGCCUGCUCUUUUGACGCACAAUACGUCCCAGAGCAGCCUCUCCGACCAGUUCUAUCUACCGGAACGGAACUCUUGGAAUCUCCCCUCCCGGCCUAUGUCCGCAUACAGCGCGGUCACUUCCCAGCCCACCGGCUACACAUACUCAGCACCCCCGGAACAAGCAUCGGCAGUGAUGUAUCCCUCCGACGCCAGUAUCGACCACUUCCAACACGACACAGAGGCGUACGCUUCUGGUACAUUCUCUCGUGCGUCCUACCGACCCCCACGCUCGCGCUCCCCUACUCCAGGCUUCGAAGACGAAGACUACCAAAUCACUGGCAACGGCAGCGUGCAGUACACCGGAUACACCCCCUCCCCUCAACGGAAACAAGCAUCCGUACCGAAUGAGAACGAAUCCCCACUUCGCCCCCGCCCAUUCUCCCAAGCCUCUUCCAACACCACCCUCCUCCGCGCGAUGUCGGAGCCCGCCGACCCGGAGAAGGUGUCUCUGGCCAACUCUGGGUCGACUGCUUUCACCGAGCCUGAAACCCCCCUUCCGACGCGUCACUUCGGCCCUGCACCCUCAGGGCGCAUUCUGCGCAGGCACAAGACGAAGAAGCGGGUGCAGCUCACCAAUGGAAACCUCGUCCUUGAUCUUUCCGUGCCCCCGAAGCUCGUGUUGCCCCGCAAAGGCGACCAAGAGACGACGAAGCUGCGGUACACAGCUGUUACUUGCGACCCCGAUGAGUUCGAGAGGCGGGGCUUCUUCCUUCGCCAGAACCAGAUGAAGCGGACGACGGAAUUGUUUAUUGUUAUUACUAUGUUUAAUGAAGACGAAGUUUUGUUUUGUCGCACCAUGAUUGGCGUUAUGAAGAACAUUGCACAUCUAUGCUCGAGGAAAAACUCGCGAACAUGGGGAGAGGAUGCUUGGAAGAAGGUGGUCGUAUGCAUUGUGGCCGACGGGCGGAAGAAGAUCCACCCACGCGUUCUGGAUUGCUUGACACUACUUGGUGUUUAUCAGCCUGGAGACCACAUGAAAAACAUGGUCAACAACAAACCUGUCACGGCUCACGUAUUCGAAUACACAACUACGUUCGGGCUGGAUGAGGACCUCAAGUUCAGGUAUCCGGACAAGGGUAUCGUUCCUACUCAGAUUAUCUUCUGCAUGAAGGAGAAAAACCAGAAGAAGAUCAACUCGCAUCGCUGGUUCUUCAACGCGUUCGGACGUAUGCUGCAACCGAACGUUUGCGUCCUUCUCGAUGUCGGUACUCGCCCUGCGCCGAAGAGCAUCUACCACCUAUGGAAGGCCUUCGACGUCAACUCCAACGUCGCGGGUGCUUGCGGCGAAAUCGCGGUCUACAAGGGCAAGCAGUGGCGAGGCUUGCUCAAUCCUCUUGUUGCGGCCCAGAAUUUCGAGUACAAGAUCACUAACAUCCUCGAUAAACCGACGGAGUCGCUUUUCGGUUAUAUUGGCGUACUCCCUGGAGCGUUCUCCGCAUACAGAUACAUCGCCCUGCAGAACGAUCAAUAUGGCCUUGGCCCGCUGGCGUCCUACUUCAAGGGAGAGGUUCUGCACGGCCGUGACACGGAUAUCUUUACCUCAAACAUGUAUCUUGCUGAAGACCGUAUCCUUUGCUUCGAGCUGGUCGCAAAGCGGAACUCGAACUGGUUGUUGAAGUAUGUGAAGAGUGCUGUCGCCGAAACGGAUGUCCCCGAAGCUCUGCCAGAGUUCAUCAGUCAACGUCGUCGCUGGCUCAACGGCUCUUUCUUUGCGGCGACCUACGCAAUUGCUCACCUGGGCCAGAUCCUGCAAUCAGGACACAGCGUCGGGAGAAAGUUCCUGCUCUUCGUGGAAACCAUAUACAAUGUCAUGAAUCUCAUUGCGGCUUGGUUCGCUGUCGGCAACUUCUAUCUGUUUUUUGUGAUUCUGACGUCUUCGCUGGAGGCCCCGCAGUUUGGUUUUUCUGGCAUCAAGUACUUCAACUCAGUGUCCCAAUUCUUCAUGGCCGGACUCGUCAUCGCGUGCUUCCUGUUUUCCAUGGGGAACAAACCCAAAGGGGCACGCUGGAAGUACAAGAUUUGCACCAUCUGCUUUGCCGUCCUCAUGGUUUACGUCCUCUUUGCGGCCGUCAUGUGCUCGAUCCAAGCCGCGCGCCAGAGCGACUCGGCGUACAGGGUGAUGCUGUUCAGUAUCAUCGUCACCUAUGGCAUGUAUGUUGCGUCGAGUAUCUUGGCGUGCGACCCUUGGCACAUCUUCACGAGCUUCAUUCCGUAUAUGCUGCUCUCCCCAACGUACAUCAAUAUUCUUCAGAUCUACGCCUUCUCGAACUUGGACGAUAUCUCCUGGGGGACGAAGCAGGACACGGAAGUGAGCCACGACCUCGGCGCUGUCAUCCAGAAUAGCAACUCGCAAGUCGACCUCGAGGUCCCCACGGACGCGACGGACGUGAACCUGCUGUACGAGGAGGCGCUCGACAACGUUCGGAACCGCAAGCCAAUCCCGAAGGCGCAGGGACUGAAUAGCGCGGAGAAAGAGCAGCUCGCGCGCGACUACUACGCGAACGUGAGGACGAACGUGCUGCUCUUUUGGGUGCUCUCGAACGGCUUGUUGCUCGUCGCGAUCUUGGGUGGUGGCGACUCCGUGAGCACGUUCUCGGUCAACGACACGUUCACGCGGACGAAGGCGUACAUGACCUUCAUCCUCGCCUUCGUCGCCAUCACUAGUAUCAUUCGAUUCAGCGGGGCGGUCAUGUACCUCACCGCCCGCGUAUUCACUGGAUGA